AUGUGGCGCCACGGACCUGCAUCUUUAUGGAAUUUACACAUAGAUUAUAAUAAGAAAGAUAUUAAAGACACUAACCUGGAAGAAAGGAAGACAAAGUUGAAGAGUCACGUGACGGUAGAUACCCAAAUAGAUGAUAGUGAAGACUUGAUGAGGCGUUUUUCCUCAUUGACAAAACUUACCCGCGUACUGUCGCUCUGCCGAAGAGUCAUGCGCUGGAAGACAUCUGAAAUAAAGGAAACUGAAAGAUUAGACCAUGGGUUAACAGCUAAAGAAAUAAAUAAAACGUUACUUACCUGUAUAAGGAUGUGCCAAAGGAAACACUUUCAAAGGGAGAUUGAAGGUCUUCAAAAAUUUGGUAGAGUUGAUAAGAAGAGUAAGCUCUCUUCAUUAAACCCCUACUUAGAUGACGAACAAGCAUUGAGAGUAAAUGGUAGACUUCAUAAUGCUUAUCUUGAGGAGAGCACGAAACAUCCCCUAAUCAUCCCUCAUAAAUCUCAUCUGACCAAUCUCUUAAUUGAUGAAGCUCAUCGCAGAACAAUGCAUGGAGGACCUCAACUAGUUCUAAACUACUUGAGGUCUAAAUAUUGGGUAAUUGGAGCUAGAAAUUUAGUUCGCAUGUUUGUCAAAAAAUGCGCAACUUGUGUACGCCAUUCUAGCCAAGCCAAUCAGCAGAUGAUGGGGCAAUUGCCCAAUUCUAGAGUCACGGCACAUCGGCCUUUCCUUAAAAGCGGUGUAGACUAUGCGGGUCCGAUCAACAUCAGAGCCAAUAAAGGACGGGGACAUCACUCCACUAAGGGGUACAUUUGUGUCUUCGUGUGCAUGACCACAAAAGCCAUUCACCUUGAAGUCGUCAGUGACAUGACUUCAGAGUCAUUUUUGGCGGCCUUUAAGAGGUUUGUAGCCAGAAGGGGUCAUAUAGCCGAAGUCUGGAGUGAUAAUGGCACCACUUUUGUAGGAGCUGCCCGACAGCUUGCUGAACUCUUUGAUGUCGAAAGCUCGAGUGUUGCUGUUGAGAUUGCAGAUUGGUUUGCUACAAAUGGAACAUCUUGGCACUUCAUACCUCCUCAUUCUCCAAAUUUUGGAGGACUAUGGGAAGCUGCGGUUAAGUCCAUAAAAUUCCACCUUGCAAGAACCAUAGGCACAAGCACUCUUACCUUUGAAGAGAUGACAACUACUCUCGCCCAGAUCGAGGCUUGUCUCAAUUCGAGACCGUUAUCACAGUUGUCGUGUGAUCCAAACGAUCCACGUCCUCUGACACCUGGCCAUUUCCUGGUCGGUGAGCCACUGGUACUUGUUCCCGAAAAUAAUUAUGAGACGUCCAGUAUAAGUAGCUUGAAACGCUGGCAUCUUACUCAACGAAUAACUCAAGGUUUCUGGCGAAGAUGGUCUGAAGAAUAUCUAACACAAUUACAACACAGAUAUAAAUGGGCGAACCAAAUUCCGGAACCAGAAGUCGGUGAUGUAGUCCUCAUUAAAGAGGACGGACUUCCUCCAGCUCGGUGGUUGUAUGGUUUGAUAACUCACAAACACCUAGGUCAGGAUGGACUCACUCGAGUUGUCAGUCUGAAGUGCAAGGGACAUACUAUUAAGCGGCCAAUCUCGAAGUUAAUUGUAUUACCAAAAUCAGAAUAA